AUGCGCCCUCACCCAAGGCUCGCGGUCCCCAGUCUGCAGAUCGUCGCCAAACCAGUCAGCUCAAAGCAAGAGAUGGCUUCCACCCGAGGCACCGCCAGCGCCAUACCUCCAGGUCAACAACGUAGCCCACGUUCGCCAGACGCGCAGAAUCAGCCACAGCCGGAAGCUGUCCCACAGCGGGAUGGCGAGCUGAAGCGCCUCCUUGACUUGCAGAGCGACAGGACGUGGUGUUUUGUGCAAUACGAGCAAGAGGGCAAAAGGGAAAAGAAGUUCCAAAAUGAUCUCAGCCGUUGCCCGCCGAGCAGCGUCGAAUCGGCACCCUACGUCAACAUACUAAAGCACCAGGUUGAGCAAUGUCAAAAAAACAGAAAAAAAUACUUGGAGCACAUCAACUUGCUUGACUCCAAGUUCAUCUCUGCUUCAUACAAGUUUCUCGACAAGUACGUGAGGAGCGAAGAGCCUGUGACGCAAGACAACGCUGUCAAGAGAGAAGAAGUCGAGGCUCGGCUGGAGGGGUUUCGCGCAGGGCUGAAAUCCUCCUUCGGCAAGCAGCUGGACGAUGCUGUCGACAAGAUCAAGUCGUCUCAGUCCACUCUCGAAAGCGAAAACAGAGGUUUGAAAAGGAGCCUCGAGGAAGAAAAGGAGCGCAACGACAGGCUCGAGCGGAGGCUCGAGCUCUUGGACCAGAAACUCAACACUCUGAGCAGGGCUCAUUCCGGACUCUCCACAGAGGUAGCGUCGCAACAGGGCCAGAUGGACAGUGAAAUGGCCAAAUGGACCAUUGAGCAAAAAGAGGUUCUUGGUCGGUUGGAAUGGUUAUCGCUCAACACGGUUGGCAAGGCAGACGUCUCCGAAACUCUCAAGGAGUUGGACAGCAUGAUGUCGUCAGACGAUAGUAGCCGAGCAAGCAAACAGUCGCAGAACAUGGACAACGCACCUGGCUGCAAGACCAGGGCACAGUUGCGAAAACUAGCAGACACGGUCGAAAGCAUCAAAUCAAUCCUUCACAGCAACGAAGCCGACAGCAGCCUGCCCAUGAUUCAGAACGUGCAACGGGACAUCAAGGACUGCGCCAAGGAUAUCAAGACGCAGUCGACGCAGUGCGCACAAAUGUCCGAGGCAAUCAGGUCUCUCGAGGCCUCCCUUCGAUCCGACAAGCACAGCCGACAACCCGCUUCGAGGGCUUCCAGUGCCUCGAGUAAUCACAAGGGCCCUCCGGACACGACUGCUCCCGACGUGAUGGAAGAAAGGCUGCAGCGGCUCUCAGACUCUCUUGCCAGCCACAUCAAGGCCGACAUGCAGCUCAAGCUGAACAAGGUGGCGACGGAGAUUGGGUCAUUCGUCGACAAGGAACGAUGCAAGACGCAGGAGGCGGCAGACAAGGCAGAAAAGUCGCAGGUCGAGGCGCAAUCGCUGCGCAGAGACGUGGACCAACUAAAGGGGGAUUUUUCGAGCUUCACGGCCUGGUCUCGCAGCCAGCUGGCGGCCCUUGACACGGGGAUGCAGGUGUGCAACGACGCCCUCACGAACCUUGAUGCUCGUUUGCGGGACGCGAGCAAAGAGAGCGCGGAGCAUCUGCAGGCGUUGGCGGUGCAGCUGCAGGUGCUUCAUGCGUGGCAAGCCAACUUUACCACAAAGCCGCUGUAUCGCGAUAUAGUCGAGCACAUCAACGCUACGCUUCCAAAGGGCAUACCGAGGCAAGUCUCGGCGCUCACUGACAGAAUAUCUGCGCUUGAAGGAAUGCGCAGGCAGGACGACGAAGCGGAGUGGAGGAAGCGGAAGCUUCAACAUAAUUGA